UAGAGAGAGAGUGCUGAGCGCACCGACUCUGCGCUCCUCCAGUCCACGGUUCUCCACAGAAAGAGCGGAGCGCAGACAGAGACUCUGCCGGUGUCUCGUGCAUGAACAGCAGUCAACGCAUUCUGCUCGACCCGCUUCGUAGCUUUGAAAAUUGACGGACCUAACCAUCACCAUUAUUUCCAUUUAAACAGCAGAAACCAGCGGCGGCGUUUGGAUAUACGCAGCGUACACGCAAGGAGAUGUGGAUCAUAAAGUUCAUGCUGAUUUGGACCUGCUGGUUCGGAGUGAGCGCGGACUUCGAUGGCAGGUGGCCCAGACAGAUGUCCUCGUCCAAUGGGCUGUGUCGAUACGGCGCUCGGGUGGACUGCUGCUGGGGCUGGACGCGAGUCUCCUGGGGCCAGUGCCAGCCCCUCUACGUCUUAACCCGCAGAGUAAUCGGGAUAAGGUGCCAACCCCAAGCGGUAUGUCAGCACGGAUGCAAACAUGGAGAAUGCGUGGGUCCCAACAAAUGCAAGUGCCAUCCAGGUUAUACAGGAAAAACAUGCAACCAAGAAGAGCAGGGCUAUGUUAUCGCCCCGUUAUGGCACAGUCACCCUCCUGUUUUUGUUCCCAUGGACCACCAGCCGAUUGCGGUGCCUUCAGAGGACCUGAACGAGUGCGGCCUCAAGCCUCGGCCCUGUAAACACAGGUGCAUGAACACAUACGGGAGCUACAAAUGCUACUGCCUAAACGGAUACAUGCUGUUACCUGACGGGAGCUGUGGAAAUGCCCGGACAUGCAGCAUGGCGAACUGCCAGUACGGCUGUGAAGUAAUGAAAGGAGAGGUUCGCUGCCAGUGCCCGUCUCCAGGUCUGCAGCUCGCUCCAGAUGGCAGGACCUGUGUGGAUGUGGAUGAAUGCGCCACGGGUCAUGCGGUUUGUCCCCGUUUCCGUAAGUGCAUCAACACAUUUGGGAGUUACAUCUGCAAGUGCCAUGAUGGCUUUGACCUGCAGUACAUCAACGGGAAAUUUCAGUGUACAGAUGUGAAUGAAUGCUCUUCGAGUCAACACCAGUGUGGUCCCUAUGCCACCUGCUAUAACACACCUGGUUCAUACAAGUGCAAGUGUAUGGAUGACUACAGAGGCGUGGGCUACGACUGCAAACCUAUCCCAAAAGUGGUUAUUGACCCUCCACGACCUGGAAAGACCACGCCAAGCAACAAUGACAACAAAGGGGGCAACAAAAUUCCCGGCUCAGACCAAAAGAGAACCACCACAACACUCAGACCACCAGUGACAGCUAAACGGAUCUCACCUGCAACAACAACUACCACUAAACCUCCUCCGACCAAAAAAGUCACCCCUCCAGCGAGAGUCCCAGCGACUACCACCCGUAGGCCUUUCAUACCGACACGUAAACCCCCUGUUGUGGUGACAACCAAACCUAAGGUCCCGUCCCGACCCACAAUCAGAACUACCACAAAAGCCCCAGUGGUAACAGCGGCGGUUCCCUUUAUCCCAACACGCAGACCUUUAAUCCCCUUUGUGACGCCAAUUGAUAACAGCAUCAAAGACAUUACCCAGAAACAAAGAGGUGAUGUUCACAUACCACGAAAUCAUGGGAAAAACAAUGUGUUUGAUAUCGAUUUAGACAUUGAACUUGGCAACACAGAAGAGGAGAUGAAGGAUGACCCAGAGACGGGCCAUCUGAGCUGCUCUUUUGCUCAUGGUCUCUGUGGAUGGAUCCAGCACAGAGAGGGAGAUCUUCACUGGGAGACGACUGCAGAUCCUUCAGGUGGGCGGUACCUAACGAUCUCUGAGGGCGGAGAAAAGCGAGGUGGGCGUGGCGCUCAGCUGAUCCUCCCCCUGACGACGCCCUGGAACGAGGGGAACCUGUGCCUGGCCUUCAGACACAACAUGGCGGGCCACCACGUUGGCAUGCUGCAGGUGUUCGUACAGAAGGGACGGCAGCACAGCCCCGCGGUCUGGGGUCGAACGGGAGGAAGCGGCUGGAGGUCCACGCAGAUCACCAUUUGGGGCAAUGGCCUAGAAAGUGUGAUCGUGAAGGGCGAGCGGCGGAGAGGCCGUAAGGGCGAAAUAGCUCUGGACGACUUGAGUCUCAAACGAGGUUCUUGUCAGGAAGAGUACAAUCUGAGGAGACUUUAACACCGACAGCACCACAAACAGAGACUUUUAACGCCAGCUUUACUCACGGGACUCUAGGAAGACGGACACCUUACAAAAAGGUACACCUGACGGACACUUCCUGUCAGUCCCGGUACGGUUAUGGGUGCACCUUCCUCAAUGGCCACAAGUGCAUGUGCUCAGUUGAGUGCUGUAGGGACGACGUAUUUUUGUAGGCCAAAACCCCGUUCGCAUUUUGGUACGUCCGGUUCCAUUGUUUCAAAGUCAAUGGGUUUUCUGAAUGGGUUUUUGGUUAAAUGUGGUUAACAAAAGGUCAACAUAUUUUCUUGUUUUUUUUUUUCUACAACAUAAAGUACAUCAGUAAAUACAUCUAUCAGAUGGUAAAUGAAAACUCUCAAGUGGGAAAGCGUGAAAGCUGAGGUAUGGCUGUCUACGUCCUGAUGCUGAGCAACCCGAUACACUACAACAACAGCUGCGGGUAGCUCUAGCCAUUCGCCAGUAAGGUAAACGUUUCUAUGGUAACAGCGAGUUGGACCAAACAGCAGACGUUGCUGCUACGCUUAGGAUUGUGGGUAGCGUGGUUUUUUUUUCCAUAAGAUCGUGGAUAAAACAUGUUUUUCUUAAAACAAGGUUGAUUUCAUACGAACUUAUAGCUUUAACGGGAGUAAAAACCUCAUAGCUUAUGGUCCGUCUGCCUCGGAUGGUCUUGACAUUAGGGCUGAUAAUCUAAAUCCUUAUCGAGAAAUAUUGUUGACCGGUUCUGUAUCCCUACUUCGCGUUCCCGAAGCAGGAACUGUGACGGGCUUAGUUUUACUGAACUAUUUCCCUGCCAUUGACAGAAUUUUCCAACUCCUUGUUUUCAACUUUUGACUGUUAUAUGGUAGAGGGCGCUGUUAUGCAUCUUCUGAAAGAGUAUUUAAUCUCCGAGAAACAAAACACAGGCAAAAAGGAGUAGAAACAAGCGAUAAAAGCAUUGCUCAUGCAUGUUGUAGUCUUUGACAAAAGACUAAACUCGAUUUUCUCAGCUUUUUGUUCAAAAUGUUGUUUUUAUGAAAUUGUGGAAAUCACAACUUUUCACCUCACAAUUCUGACUUUAUCACUAGCAAUCGUGAGUUAUAAAGUCAGAAAUGUGAGAUAUAAACUCACAAUUCUGACAGAAAAAUUCAGUCUACCAGUAUUUUUCCCUCAGAAUUGAACUUUAUAUCUCGCAAUUGUGAGAUUUAAAUUCAGAAUUGCGAGAUAUAAACUUGCAAAUGCUAGAAGAAAGUAGACUGAAAGAGUUGUUGAAAGCUUAGUGACGGUGAUGUUGGAGUCAUGUGACUGUUUAGCUUUUUACUUCUGUUGAUUGUAUUUAGGCUUCAAAAUUCCCAAAGGUUAUAUUCAUUUGUGAAGCUUAUCAUAAUGAACAACACGUGUACGAAUCACAAAUUUUAUUUUCUGCAAUAAUCCCAAAGCCAAUGGAAAAGUCCUAUAGGGUUUUUGUCAAGGGAACCCGAGUAAUGACUUACAAAAAUAUGUCAUCAUUGCAGCACUCUAUUAGAUGAGAUGUCGAAAUUGUCAAAGUCUGAAAUGAAAAUGAAAUUUUAAUUUUGUAAAUGUCUCCCACCUCAAAUCUUUUUUGUCAAACUGUCGAGCAGACGCCAUCGUGCCAUUGUAAAUGUAAGUUGGCCAGUUCAGCUGUUCGUCACCCGAAUGAUGAUGAUGAUGAAGAUGUCCUUUCAAAAUCCCCUUUUCAAUUUGACCGACGUGAUUUGUUAGCCCAGUUUGCAGCUAAUCUGAGUGACUAUUUUUGGUGUAUUAUUGUAAAUGUAUUCAAACUUGUGUGUAUAUAUAUAUAUAUAAAUAUAUUUCAAAUAUGCUUUGUAGGUGCACAUAUAUGUGAAUUCUUCAUCGUAUAAGUGAUGCAGGACAAUGUUUACAUCACACGACCCAGUAUUUUAUUGACGUAUAUUGUUAAUUACAAACCAGUAAACAGUUCUGAAUUUUUCUUAUUAAUGGCUGUAUCAGCCAUCCUUUAUGAUCACCACAACGACUGUAUGUUGAUUAUGAACGAUCUUGGUUUAAUAUUCAGAUGAAGCAACGACCUCCAGACAUUAAAAGGUGUGAACAUGAAA